UGGUAAAACGAAUUAACGUAUGAGGAGCGCGGGCAGCUAUCAAUGCCUAAUGCCAUACCACCCCCAGACUACAUGCUUUACGUAAGUAAUUGAAGCGCGAGUACGCCCAGCCGUAAUCCCAAUAAAAUUAAUUACAUAUCACCUACAACUAAGUCGAAUGAGUGAACGACCAUUACUUUUACCUUAAUAUAAUCGGCUUCUAACUCGCAACCAUUUCCUACUUGAUCAAAAUGGGAGCUGUCUCGGCUAUUCUUAUCGUCCUCAUAACCAUCCCUUUCCCUCCGAUUGGCGUCUGGGCCGUCGCCGGAUGUGGCGCUGAUCUGCUUAUCAACAUCUGCCUCACCGUCCUUGGAUACCUUCCAGGUCACAUACACGCCUUCUAUCUCGAGUAUGUCUACUAUAACCGUCGCGAACAGGCUAGAGAGGGCCGCUAUGCCGCAAGACGAGCUGCCGGUGUGUACAGCGACCGCGUGCAAACCGGCGGCUAUGGGUACGGCACGAUGGUUCCGCCCGGUACUCACUAAAUAGCCAGUGUAUGAAGAGGGAACGUCGGUUUAAUUCCAGGAGGACGUUUUAGUUUGGAGCACUAGGAGUUAGAUGCUUUCGAAAGACACCGGUAGUUGGUACGUAGUAGCAGUACAUUCAUUGAUCGAAAUGGUCUCGCAGGUUUGUUGAAGAAAAGUAUGUUUAUUACACCGAAGUUAGCUAAUCAUUACCAUUCGAGAGAAAUCAAUUUCGCAAUUGCAUAGAAAAUUCAUGAACGAAUAUAACAUUAUAUAGUUUAAGCCAUCCGGAGCCUUACCAUUGACAUGUAGGUAUUAUUAUGUAGUAUUGGUACAUGACAGUCGCUAGCAAGGUUGUCAUCGGCCAAGGUAGGAGCUAUGUAACGCUGAAACCUACCUAUAUGACAUUUCUGUACAUGUACAUGUAGGUAAAUGGGCAAUGUGAGUGGAUUGGUAAAUACCAUACGGGUCCGUACUUAGCUAAGCAAAGCCC